AUGCAGGAGGCAAAGCAGGUUCCCAAGUUCGCCAGCUUCAAAGCGAAGCCCCCGCCGCCGACCGAGGAUGUGAACAUUGGUCACGUUGACGAGGAAGCCCAACGUCGAGAUGAGAGAAGUCGACACAAGUCCAGGCAUCACAGCCACAAUCACCAUCACCGCUCUCGCCAAGGAGACCGACACUUGAAGCAUGGCUCUAGAAGAGAAAAAGAAUCACCUAGAGCCGCUCCUUCAGCGCCACCGCAACCCGACGAGGAACCCCAGGACAUCUACAAAAUUGAUCGGAAAGGGGACAUUCAUAAUGUGAUAUACGGAACCAUACAUCGCUAUAGUAUCCCUCAAUAUCGUCGCGCGGGGCGUGGUAGAAUCCUCGGCUUACCUGCGCGGUUCAAGAUUGAUCGCACCUACGAUGGUGAAGACUCGCUGCUUGUCCGCGCAGACGGUUCGAUCGCUGAUGGAACACGCCACAAGACCAGAAGUAUACUUUCCGCCGCCGAUGCGAAAGAACGAAGAGUCCUACGUAUUCGCCAGGAUCUCAUCGCAGAUAAUGAUGACGCCCAUAAAAACUUCAUUCCACUCGAUUAUAAUGGUAGCCGGAAGAGGCAGAGGAUAUUAGGCGGAGAUGACGUGUCGGACAGUGAAGCAGAAAAGUAUGGCUAUCGGUCAAUACUCGGAAAAGCCAAGCCUGAGCAGCAGGAUAUUCCCAGUGACAUGGAAGCGUCGUUAGAAUCAGACAGCAAUGAAGAAGGCAGUGCGGUUAAAUGGAAUCGGGAGGCGAACCAAAGGAAUCUGGAGCUCUUGAGACGCGCUGAAGAUAACCCCUCAGAUAUUGGUGCUUGGAUGGAGGUGAUCAAGUACCAAGACACUCUCUUGGCUGGGUCGGAUAGCCGUCGACAACUGACGGCAGCUGAAAAACGCAGUCUUGCAGAUAUCAAGUUAUCAUUAUAUGAUAAAGCGCUGAAGAAAGUUGGAAAGCAUCCUGAGAAAUACCGCUUGCUUUUAGGCUAUUUGGAAGAAGGAACCAAUCUGUGGGACUCGAAGCGGCUAGGUGAACAGUGGCACACUAUUCUCAAGCAUAACUCUGGCUAUAUUAGCCUCUGGAUGCGUUACAUAGACUUUCGACAAACCGCUUUUCUCGACUUCACUGUUGAGCGAUGCAAGGACAUCUACCUCGAUUGCAUGAAACUCAAUGCAUCUAGCGAUAACGACGCAGAAAAAGAAACAAUACACAUGUACCUGUUCCUUCGAAUGACUUUGUUUAUGCGGGAAGCAGGGUUUUCGGAGCUAGCUGUUGGCCUUUGGCAAGCUGCGCUAGAAAUUUCGUUAUUUCGCCCUAAAGAACUUACAAAUUCCUCUAAAGAUGAUUUUAUGAAUUCGUUUGCUUUGUUUUGGGAGUCAGAAGUUGCGCGCAUUGGAGAGCCGGGUGCUAAAGGCUGGGGUAGUGGAAAAAGCCCUGAGCUUGAAGCAUUUACUACGACCGAUGCCCAAACACAAAUUCGGACUGAGACAUUGUUCUCUUCAUGGAAUGUAGAAGAGAGGCGAUUGAGCCGUGGCGCUCGCUUGCCUGCGAGAACGCUGGAUAUUGUUGAGAAUGAUGACCCUUACCGCGUGGUUUUGGGGUCUGACAUUGAAGUUUUUCUACCAUUUUUCGCCACCUGGAGAGACACAAACACCUUGGUCGACGGUUUCCUGAAGUUUUGCUUCCUGCCUCCGUUGAACUCGCUCCGAUACUCGACGAGGGAUAUUGUGACUUCGGGGGACGAUGCUUUUUUGCGGACUGAGCUCAUCUAUCUAUCUGAUUCUUACAUCACUCGACUGAUUAACUCAAAUCCUGAAAUGACAGAGGGAGCCAAACAUCCACUGGUUUUUGACAUGGCCCCCUUACAAAACAUGAUACACUCAGUCGAUUCCCUGUUUGCGGACAGCAAUUGGUUUCAGUCAUUGGCAACGUGGAAAGAGAUUAUAAAAAACGAAGAAUCAAUCAUUGACGCCGAAUGGGUUCGACGGUCUUUAAAGCUCUUGGUUGGGACAUUUCCUCAAGAUGAUAUCUUAGCCGAAUGCACAUUAGCUGUUGAAUUUGCUUUGGAUCCAAGUGAGGGCAAAAAAUAUGCCAAAUCCCUACUCAAAAAGCGGCCAUCUAGUCUGCGACUUUACAAUGCAUUUGCGUUAAUGGAGACUCGAAAUGACAAUUUCUCCACUGCUUCGCAUGUAUGGGCCACUACAUUGUCCAUGGCCGCAAGCUUAUCAGAGACUCAAAAGCUUGAAUAUGGCACCAUAAUACGCAGUUGGGUCUGGGAAUACAUGGUUUUAGGGAGAAUAGAUGCAGCUAUCAAAGUUCUCAUAUCGGUCCCGGACUUUGUUAUCGACCUGAAGACUUUGGAACAAGGAUCGUUCUCCAUCAUUCCUACACAACGACUCAAAACGGAACGUUUUCUCCGGGAGUGUGCUGAUCACGCGGUUUCACGUCAUGAUCUGGUCUCUUUCACAGCCUGGAUGGAUGUAACCGCCCUACUACAUUAUUUAACAGCAUUUUUUGAUCUCUCCUCUGCUACUGAAGUAUACAAUAACGCCUUCGAUCGGCUUGCACAUUCUUCUCACAUUACAGAGGGAAGUAAGUCCUCCACAUUAGAAGUUCUACAUCAAUACCGCUCUCGUCUCCUAUUCCAUCACAUAACUACCAAGCACACCUACAGGCCUGCAGAUAUCCGCGAAAUGUUACUCACUAGCACGAGUCUGUUCCCGCAUAACACAAUGUUUCUCUCCUUAUUUACAUGGAAUGAAUCUCGGUUUCGAAUUGACGAGCGAAUACGCGGCGUCUUCCUUACACCUGCAGCGUCCGCGUCAACAGGAAGAUCAACAGACAGCAACCAAAAUCCAGUUACUUCCACGUCCCUUCUUAAUAUCCUCACAGAGCUUUCUCGUCCGGUAUACUCAGGCUCCACAGUGCACUCCAGCCGCGCGGCCUUCGAACGUGCUGUCUCAUCAUCAUCAUCUCCAUCACCAUCCCUCUGGAAACUAUACAUAUACUUUGAACUGCGCCGUGCCAAAGACGCGACAGCCGCACAACGCGUCUUCCACCGGGCGAUUAGAGCAUGUCCCUGGCUCAAAGGCAUAUUCAUGCUCGCAUUCAACGAGAAUCAGGAUCUCUGGGAGACGAACAAGACGAAGAACGAGCUCGAUGCUUGGUGGGAGCAACGCAAGAUCUACAAUGUGCUUGUUGAUAAGGAGCUUCGUAUUCAUGUCGAGAUAGGCGAUGAAGUAUUUGAUGAGGCGGAGAGAGGUUGGCUAGAGAAAGAGCGCAGUCGUCGGGAAGGUGGACGGCAAGAACGGCAGCAUCAUGAUAGGAAGCGUAGGAAGGACAGGGAGGUCAUAUAUUUACCGGAUGAUGGGGAGACGGACUAG